AUGCGGUGGCUUUGGCUCCUGCUGCUGCCUUCGGCGCUGGGCAACGUGAAGCUGGGGAAGCACAUUGUCAAGUACACGGAGGAGAAGCUGCGGCACCUGCUGGGGCAGACGGAGCGGGUCCCGGUGCUGCUGGAGAUCUUCUCCCCCAGCUGCCCGGCGUGCCGGGCCUUUGCGCCCCGCAUGGCCCAGGCGGCUGCCAGGAUCAAGGAGGAGGCGCCAGAGGUGAAGGUGGUCGCGUUGGAUGGGACGGAGGCGGAGGACACCAUGCGCGCUCUGGGGGCCAAGGAGUUCCCGGCGUUGUUCUUCAUCGGCAAGAACAACAAGACAGCGCGGCUGGACUUCCAGGCCGCGGACUCGGCGGAGGCCAUCUGGCGCUGGGCGGCGCGCCUCGCGGCGCCCGCGGUGCGCUCCGCCGAAGCGGCGGAGGCGGCGGCGGCGGUAAAGCCGUCGGGGCUGCCGCGGCUGGUGCUGCGGGCGCCGAAGAUGAUCCCUGCAUUCGAAUCCUUUGCGGAGGAGUACAGGUUGAAGUACGAGGCCUUGUGGGUCCAGGAGCAGCGGCCCGACGCCGUGUCGGUGGUUCAGCACCCGGGCGCCGAGGUGAGCUUCGCCUGGAAGGACGCGGGGGCGGACAGCCUGGACGAGGACGGGGAGCGUUUCGAGGAGUUCCUCAAGGCCCACGCCCUGCCGGCCGUGCUGCUGGUCACAGACCCGAAGAGGUCACUGAAGGCUUUGGAGGCGCAGGAGGAUGCUAUCCUUCUAUGGCUGGUGGUCAACUCCUCCCAGGACGCCUCUUGUGCAGAAAGCUCCUGUUCGGCAGCUAAGGCGCCGCUUCCCUCGGCGGAGGCGGAGGAGGCGUUGCAGCGCGCGGCGGCCUUUGCGCAGCCGCUGCUGGGGGAGGUGGUGCGGAGGCAGAAGGAGGUGGGGAAGAAGGCGCUGGCGCUGGCGGUGGACGCGGCCCGGUGGCCGCAGUUCGCAGAGCAGGAGCUUUAUGUUCUGGACGUGCCGGGGAAAGCGGCGCUGGUGGCCCAACGCUUCCGGCACGGGCCCAGGUACUUCUUCUCAGAGAAUGGCACGCUGCCGGCCAGCGCCGAGGAGCUCAUGGCCUGGCUCAAGGGCCUGGUGACCAGGACCCCGCGGCAGAUGUCGGAGCGCCCGGCCGAGUCGGGGAAGCUAUGGAAGAAGCUGGUGAACGCCGGCCUCGAAGAGCAGCUCCGGGCGGAGCCGGCCACGCUGCUGUACUCCUUCAAGUCCCCGGGGCAAUUGUCCACAGAGGAGGAGGUCAUCGACUUCGAGGACGAGAUGGAAGCCUUGGACACCUUGGCCGAGUGGCUCAACGCCAGCUGCGACCGGCCGCCGGUGCUGGCAGCCUUGGACGUGCGCAAGAACGAGGUGCCGCUGAGCCUCUACGCCGCCGCCAGCAUCGGCAGCCUAAAUGCUCCGAGCCUGUACUUCAUCGAGAGCGAUGCGGGCAAGCCGGCGGUGGGCGUCAGAUGGUCUGGCGAGGUCAGCGAAUUCGGCGCGGAGAGGUCGGAGCCGGGCUCGCGACAGCGCGGUGUGCUGGCGGGGAAGCUGCGGGAGGUCAUCCCCUGGGUGCUGGCCCGGGCGCAAAGCGUCAAGGGCCUGCGGGUGCCCAGCAGCCCCGACCUCAGCGCCGUGCCCGGCGCGGCCGUCGGCGCGGCGGUGCUGGAGGUGGGCUCCGAGGCGGAGCUGCAGGACUUGCUGCGGCGGAAUGUCAGUGGCUUUGUGGAGCGUCGUUUUCUGCUCUUGGACGCACAGGUGACAAAUCUGGAGCCCCCACUGGCCCCCUGA